CAACUGUCAGGAAGAUACAGCGAUUUGUAAACAUGGCUGUUGAGGGGAACAGCGUGGCCCUACCGCAGUUUCUGAAGAAAAUAGAACUGAUAAAACAGGGUGCAGAAGCUCGUGUAUAUCGAGGGUCAUUUUUGGGCAAGCCAACCAUUGUAAAAGAAAGGUUUCCGAAAUUGUAUAGACACCCGUUGUUGGAUGAAAAACUCACACAUCGCAGAACCGUGCAAGAGGUGCGCUCAAUACUUCGCUGUCGAAAAGCUGGCAUAUCUGCACCAGUCGUCUACUUUGUAGACUACACCUCCCACUGCAUCUUCCUUGAAGACAUCGUCGGCUCCAUCACCGUACGAGACCACAUCGCCUCCACCCCGCUCUCCUCUGCCCAGAAACUCCCAGAGGAACGCCUGGACCAGCUCGCUAAGAAGAUGGGUCAGAUUCUGGCCAAAAUGCACGAUGAGGACGUUGUCCAUGGAGACUUGACCACUUCCAACAUGCUGUUGAAGGCGGGCACUGAGAGUGGAGAGACUGAGCUGGUCCUCAUUGACUUUGGCCUGAGCUACAUAUCAGCGCUGCCCGAGGACAAGGGAGUGGAUAUGUAUGUGCUGGAGAAAGCUUUCCUCAGCACCCAUCCCAACACUGAGGCUCUGUUCGAGAAGCUGCUGAAGGCCUACGCAGCCUCAUCCAAGAAGUCCCAUGCUGUCAUCAAAAAGCUUGACGAAGUUCGGUUGAGAGGGCGAAAGAGGUCGAUGGUCGGUUGAGGGGGAGAAAGAGGUCGACGGUCGGUUGAGGGGGAGAAAGAGGCCGACGGUCGGUUGAGGGGGAGAAAGAGGCCCGGUUGAGGGGG